CCACACCCCACCCCCGUCGUUUUUCCCGUGGUCCACGGACCAUUUCCCAAAUUUUCCCCACUCGCGAACCCUAACUUCGACCAGCCUCUCCCUCCAGAUCCCCUCCCCUCCUCUCGCCAGGAGCAGAACCCACCCGCUCGGACCGCGCCGCGUAAUCGCCAUGGCGAAUGAGGAACCCGUUGAUCCCAAGAAGUAUCUUGAGGAGCGGUGCAAGCCACAGUGUGUAAAGCCACUGUAUGAGUAUGAGAAAUGUAUCAAGAGAGUUGAGGCCGAUGAUACUGGGCACAAGCACUGCACUGGGCAAUAUUUUGACUAUUGGUCAUGCAUCGAUAAAUGUGUAGCACCAAAGCUCUUUGAAAAGCUGAAAUGAUAUUGGGGCGCUACUUUCAGUGAGUGAGCCUGGUCAUUGGCCAGAACCUUGUUCAAGUUGAAAUAUUUGUCGAGUCUGCAAAUUGUCCUGUGACUGUUUCGAUUUCAUGAACUUGUAAUAAGAGCAACUAUCUUGACACUUUUUGCAACCAUUGAUUUAUGUUUGGCUAAGCACUGAUGACAACUAUAACAAUUUGAUGUCUGUUGAUUACA